AUGCGUAUUGUUUGAUUGUUCUACCCCUGUUCCCACUCUCCCUACCCUCCCCGUACUCUGUGACCACCGGGNUAUUGUUUGAUUGUUCUACCCCUGUUCCCACUCUCCCUACCCUCCCCGUACUCUGUGACCACCGGGACCCCUCAAGUACCACAUCAGUUCACACUGAUGUCGAUGGAACAAGACUCCGGGGCACUGCCACGACGCAGUGCCAGGCUUGCAGUUCGUACCCGCCCCGUGGUACCUCCAAGACCCAAGCAGCGACUCAGCAAGCGGAAGACUCCAGCAGCAUCAAGUACAGCAAUAACUGUACCGAGUACCACCGGGGUUCUUCCCGCAUGCCCGGUCCAAGGGGCCGGUGAGCCGUUGGCAACUUACCUUCAGCGGGUACAAGCAUUUACAGAUGCCGUAGCUACCGCAAAGGCACAGGAGGAGGCAGCAGCGGCGGAACGUCAGCGGCUGGCCAAUGAGGCGGCGGCCCUAGCUCAGCAGACUGCUGAGGCUGACGCCGUGGUGCGAGACAUGCGGAACGCCAUUUGCAUGGAGUCCUUGACUACGAAUGAGAGUCAGUGGACGACAAUGCUCCAAGGCAUGUUGUUUGUGCCUUCGGAAGCACAGGCGGAUCCAACACCGGCGGAGGAAGAAAGGAGCAACCUGGCUAACGUGAUGUUGAACAUGAUGCGAGCGAUCAUGUGGAACAACACGAUGCUAAUGGUGCAGAUACACGAGGGCCGACAACUGCGACAGAUUCAACAGAAUGAUUCUGCAGUCUUAACAGCUGCUGUUCGCGCUGCCGCCACGCAUCAGCAACAACAGCAACAACUGUUGAGCAGCACCACCGCACGCGUCAACAACAUCGAGGCUAACGCCUCAGCAGCGCCAGGCUGCACGACAGACGAGACGAAGCAGCUCAAUGGGCGCAUCGAUCAUGUCGUCAACCUCAUCGGCGACAUAGGUGCUUCCAAUGGGUCGGACACGAUCAGUAGCACGGUGGCCGCCAUCAAGACGGACAUCGCCAAGCUGCAGACAAGACCGGACACCGCUACGAAGACUUACAAGAUGCCGCACUUCGACAUCAACAAGUUCGACGACUACAACAAGUCGGAUGCCUUGACAUGGUGGCAACUUUUCCUCACGGAAGCAUCAUGCCGCACUGUCCCGGCGGACGACAUGAUGAAGGCGCUCUACUUGCAACUGAUUGGAGGAGCGCAGGCAUGGAUGAACCAUCUGGCGGCUACCAACAAAUGCACCAUCGCCGAACUCCACACGCACAUCACGUGGAAAGAGUUCGAGAAGCUAUGGCUCACCCGGUUCAUGGUUCGCAACGUCGUGAAGGCAGCCAUGAACGAGGUGUACACCUGCUCUCAAGGUAGUAUGGCAACUCGAGACUGGACAACUAAGUGGCAGAAGAUAGUGACCACGCCAGGCUUCGAUUUGAGUUUUACCAAUCAACGAUCCGAGUUUUUUUCGCGAUCGUGCGUAGGACUGCGAUCGGCACUCGGCAACGAGUACGAGGCCAUUCUGGAUCGGGCGAACGUAGUCAUCCAAACGGAUGACAAGGCCGCAAACGAACGGCAGUCCCAGCCGCAUUAUGUGGCUAAGCAGGGCUAUCAACGUUCGACACAUAACAAUGCCGUGAUUUCUGAAGAGGCAGACGAUCUCCACGCUGUAGCAGCAUCCUCGAGUGAUGGAGGAAUUGUAGCAGUGCUCCCGCCGAAGCGUCCCAAGAGAGUUCGGAAGAACAAGGCGACACAAGAGACGACAUCGACAGGAACUGGGCAGCAGCCAUGGACAACUUACAAGAUAACCAAGGAUGUCUAUGACCUUUGUCAAAAGACGUUGGACGAGCACAUCACACACCUUCGCGCUGUUUUGAAUCGUUUGCGACUGGCCAAGUACAAAGCGAACCGCGACAAGUGCGAGUUCGCCAAGCAAGAGCUUGAGUAUUUGGGUCACUAUGUUACGCCGAAAGGCAUUCGUCCCUUAGCGGACAAGAUCCAAACCAUCGUGGAUUGGCCGGAACCCCGUUGUAGGACGGAUGUACGCUCUUUCAUGGGUUUGGUUGGAUACUAUCAGCGAUUCGUCGAGUCAUACUCGAAAGUGGCCGCUCCUUUGUCGAGACUUCAGUCCCCGAAGGUGCCCUUCGAGUUCGACGACGCAGCCCGUGGCGCGUUCACUAAGUUGAAGGCAGCAAUGCAAGCCGCACCUGCCCUCCGUAUAUACGACCCCACCCUACCCACCCAAGUGACUACGGACGCUUCGGGAUACGGUAUUGGUGCGGUGUUGGAACGGUGUCACGAGGACGGUUGGCAUCCGGUUGAGUAUUUCUCCCAAAAGGCGCCUCUCGUCAACACUCUCGACGACGCUAGGAAGAAAGAGCUACUUGCGUUCGUCACCGUUCUCAAACGGUGGCGCCACUUUCUUCUCGGUCGUCGGCGUUUUAAAUGGAAUACGGACAACAAUCCGUUGACCUUUUACAAAACGCAGGACACGGUCACUAGCACGGUCGGUCGAUGGAUGUAUUACAUCGAGCAGUUCGAUUUUGACCCGUGUCACAUUCCCGGUCCCGCCAAUCGAGCUGCGGACGCCCUCUCACGACGGCCCGACUUUUGUGCCAUUGUGACCACGGCAUUGGACCUCGAUGACGAUCUGCAGCCGCAUUUCGUCAAAGGCUACAAGUCCGGUGUUCCGGAAGACAUAGUGAGCGACCGAGAUACUCGCUUCAUGUCAACCUUUUGGACUUCCCUCAUGGUUGAGUCCGGUACGACAAUGAAGCCGAGCUCGGCUCGGCGCCCGCAAACGGAUGGCCAAACGGAGCGAGCGCACCAGACCGCUCAGAUGAUGUUGCGUACGCUCAUCCGUCCCGACCAGAAAGAUUGGGUUGACCGGCUUCCCGACAUCGAGUUCGCCUAUAACACUUCGGUGCACCCGGCUAUCUGCGUCACACCAUUCGAGCCACAUCAUGGUGGAGAGAAAGCACGGAUCUUCGCUGAUCUCCUUUYGCCACAGGCUGCCGACAUAGACGUCCCUUGCUCUCCCGCUUCCGUUCGGAAGUACCGGGACUUGCUGAUCAAAGCCCGCGCAAAUAUGCAAAAUGCUCAGAUCCGCAUGCAGCAGCAGGCUAACCGACGUCGACUUCCAUGUCCUUUCCGCGAGGGAGACCUUGUUUGGGUCCUCUCCGAGGAAUUUGCGCUCGAGCAGGACGUUUCGUGCAAACUCCUUCCGAAAUGGUUCGGACCAUGGGAAGUCACUUCUGCCGUUGGAGACGACCCCGCAGGUCCUUUCUUCGUGAUCAACAUUCCACCGCACCUGACAGUGCAUCGGGUCUUCCACGCAUCGAAGCUGGCCAUCUACACGCCACCUUCAGUUGACGAGUUUCCCGGACGUCGAUCACAGGAUCCGCCUUCUAUGGACGGACAUCAGGAAGUGGACCGAGUCAUCACGCACCGCAAGUAUGGCAACAAGCCAAUGCAGUACAAAGUCACAUUCAAGCAAUGUGCGCCUGACGACACUCGGUGGAUCUCUAGUGCAGACUUGCAGACUUCUGCACCCCUUAUCUUCGCCAACUAUGAGAAGACACGACUUGCCAAGGCAGCAGCGCCAAGGCAGCAGCUCGUCCCACCCGACCCAUCCCGGCCAAGAGUUGAUAUGCGGCAAUUGGCCAUACAAUUCGGGUGUGUGCGCCUCAUCGGGGCAGUUAACCGCGUUAUCAAUCUGUAUAAGCAACGGUUUAUAGCUUCACUUCCUGCUACUCGAAGGGGCUCUGCAGACUUUGGGAGGGCGGUGUUUGUUGCAGUUGCAUUUUAUCUCACCGCAAGAAAGCACCAACUUAAGGUGGACAAGGCCAAGCUGAUCCAUACUGUCGGAAUAAGUGAGAUAGAGUUUGGCAAUGUAUCAACGUCCAUGCUAGACUUGUGCUUCGAUAUGCUUGGAGUGCAGAAAAAGAAGAGACCAGCAGAAGAUGUCAAACAUAAUCGAGAGAUGUUGGAUGCCAUUCCCAAAAAGAGGAAGAGGGAAGAGCAGGAGGAGGUUGAAGACUCUUCAGAAGAUGAGGGAAAUGAAGAAUAUGUCAAGGGUCUCAAUGAAGAGGAUGGGUUAGUGGUGCCUGAUGUGAAGAGAUCCAAGAGGAGUCUUGCAAAGGAAUCGUAUGACGAAUGGAAGGCAACGCAGAUCCAAGAGGAACAGCAACGUGAGGCGGCAGACGAAGCGGCACACCUCAAUGCCAUUGCACGCGCCGAAGAGCAGCGACGCCGGCAGCAAGCUGACGCAGCUGCCAACCACUACAAAGCUAGAAGAGAUGCCGCGUCUGUCCUCAUGCAGCAGGAAGCCGCUCAUUCUGCCACACUCCAAGCAUGGCAUGUGGAUCCGGCGGAAACGACGGAACCAAUUACGGAGGACCAGACUAAGUCAGCUCUCGCCAGCAUCAUGCACCAAGUCAUCCUCACUUGUAACUGGCAACAAGUGGAGCUGCCCCGGCAGGCACGUACCAUCACUGAGUACGAGGAGACUCUCAAGAGCCUCCACGCCCGCCUUGACGUGCUGGAGAAGGAUAAUGUGCCGCACAGGCACACGACAUCGUCAAGCAUUGAUCCAUCGAUCCGCGAGCUGGAGGGACGGCUGGAUCACCUGGUCGCGCUUGUCGGCAAUUUGAACAGUUUCCGACACCCGACGACCAUCAGCCAGCAAAUAGCCGCCCUACAAGCGGAUCUGCGUCAACUGCAGCAGCAACCAACUGGGACCUGCAACAAUGUGACGCCGAAACAAUUCAAGAUGCCGAAGUUCAGCAUCGAGAGGUUUGAUGACUACCACAAGGCGGACCCCAUCAGUUGGUGGCACGGGUUCACCGAUGAGCUCUCCAUCCACUCGGUCCUGUCAGAGCCGAAGAUCUCAGCACUUUACCUUUGCAGCACCGGUGCCAGCCAAGUGUGGCUCAACCACCUGGCUCAAAUCGAACGCGUCGAAGUCUCGAAGCUUUACACCAAGAUCACUUGGGAGGCCAUGACCGAGAAGUGGCGGAAACGCUUCAUCGUCGACGACGCUCAAGGCAAAGGCGUGAACCGGAUCUUCAGCAUGCAUCAAGGCAGCCAGCCAACACGCGAAUGGCUAACCGAGUGGCGGAAAAUCGUGACGAUUCCGAAUUUGGACAUCCCAUUCGUCUAUCUUCGUCGCGAAUUCUUCCAGCGGUCAGUUGACGCGUUGAGCACGACCCUUGGGGAGCGCAGCCUGUACACGGACUUGGACAUGAUCGUGGAGAAGGCGCACGAAGUCAUCCAAACCAAUCGGAAAUCGCAGCCCACGCAAGUCACGUUGGCCGACGGCCGUACGCACAAGUCCAUCGACCGGUGCAUUGACUCCGCCCCCGUGUACUUUGCCCCGCUUGCACGCGAGGCCAUGUCCUUUGACAUAUUGGACACAAAGUUCGACAUGAUCUUGGGCAUGUCAUGGCUGCGCAACGAGGACCACCCGGUGAACUUCUACCGCCGCACCGUUCACGUUCGUGACCGAAACAGGGUACUUGUGCCAUGUACGGUCCCUCCACCUCAUCCUUCGAUUGGUUGUCACGUGGUCUGCGCGGCAAGCAUUCGCAACUCCAUCGCACGGAACGACGUGGAGGAAAUGGGCAUUUGUUUCUUGCACGUCCUCCCUCCUCCCGACGAGCCAGCGGCGGAACAGCCACCGGAUCCACGCAUUGUACAACUUCUUGACUCCUAUGGCGACGUAUUUGAAGCCCCCGUCGGAAUCGUACCGAAUCGGCCAAUUCGUCACGAGAUCAUCCUCGAAGACGGGGCCGUACCUCCGCGCGGAUGUAUUUACCGCAUGAGCGAGGAGGAACUCGAAGUGCUUCGAACGCAACUCGAUGACCUCAUUGACAAGGGCUGGACUCGCCCUAGCUGCUCGCCCUACGGUGUACCUGUUCUCUUCGUUCGGAAGAAGAACAAGGAGCUGCGCUUAUGCAUUGAUUAUCACAAGCUUAAUGCUCAAACCAUUAAGAAUGCCGGCCCGCUCCCACACGUCGACGAUCUUUUCGAACGCUUGGGCGGCGCCAAGUAUUUCUCCAAGUUGGACCUCAAGGCCGAUUACCACCGGCUCGAGAUCCAUCCAAGAGAUCGAUAUAAAACUGCGUUCAAGACACGGUACGGGCACUUCGAGUGGGUCAUAAUGCCAUUCGGCCUCACGAAUGCCCCGGCCACCUUUCAAGCGGCAAUGACAACGGAGUUUCGCGACAUGUUGGACCGGUUCGUGCUCAUCUACCUCAAUGACAUCUUGGUGUAUGGCCGAACUUUGGACGAGCACAUCGUGCAUCUACGUGCUGUUUUGGACAGGCUACGUACGACCAAGUACAAGGCCAACCGAGCCAAGUGCGAAUUCGCACAGCAAGAGCUCGAGUACUUGGGCCACUUUGUGACGCCGCAAGGCAUCAGUCCGCUUGCGAACAAGAUCAAGGUCAUUCAGGAUUGGCCGGAACCGACCAACACCACGGAGGUUCGCUCUUUUAUGGGAUUGGUCGGGUACUACCAACGCUUCAUCGGAGGAUAUGCACGGAUUGCCGCACCUUUGUCCAGGUUGCAGUCUCCACAUGUGCCCUUCUAUCACGUUUUGAUGAUGUUGACACUGUUUCUUUUCAAUCUUUUUUGUACUUGUCGAUUUGCCGGUGCCGUUUUGCGUGCAUACGCCUCUGUACCUUAUGUUGCUCUGCCUCUAAAGUCACUGACAUGCCAAGGAAGGCCUUGAAGCAAUCGGUCUUGAGUUUUGGCCAAAAGGAGCAGGUCAACUUUACAGACAGCCACGAUCAGCGUGAUAACGUGCUUCAUUUUGAGGCGCGGACUAAAUGAAAUGCAGCGGGAGUCGCCUUCCAUUUCCCUAUUUUCUGCCAUUUCUGGUUCGUUGACUUCUAUUCACAAUUCUGCAGAUGUAACUUUGGAACAAUCUUUCAUUUCUGCUUGAAUUGAGCAUCAAUUCGAUUUCUUUUCUGUUAUGUUACUCCGACAAACGACGUAUGGUAGUUUCCUGAGAGUGCAUGGAUAAUUUCGAGAGUAUUCGGACGUUAUUUGACAUUCCAAGGCGAAACGAUCUUCUGCACUCCUCUUCCCUUGUCAUCUGGUAGGGAGCCGUGAAUGAGUACGAAGAAAACCUGUUGAGGAGGGGAAAGGGUCCACCUUCCUCAAGGUAGUCACAAGUGGCCGUCAAAAAAGGAGUAGAAUCAGCAAAAGAUCAGCGAGGGAGCUAUGAAAAAGAGACCAGAUGUAGAGCUGAGGUUUUGCAGCACAGCAUCCAUGGCUAGAGAGAAGAGUCGAUUUAUAUACAUACAUAUAGAUAAUAUCAGUUGGCCGAGAAGGUGGUUUUGUUGUGCAGGCCUGCACCUGCUGUAGUAGAGAGAGAGAGAGAGAGAGAGAGAGAGAGAGAGAGAGAGAGAGAGAGAGAGAGAGAGAGAGAGAGAGAGAGAGAGAGGCAUAUGACAGUCAUCUCUGCACAGGGACAUGGGAAUUAUGCCUGGGGAAGAUUGGAGUUCUCCAUUUGAUUGUAGGUUAGCGUUUACGGCUUAGGGUUUAGGUUUUUGGGUUAGUCUGAGAAAGAUUGUACGUAGACCACCCAAAAUUAGAUUAGAUGGUUAUCUCGUUUGUGUGGUUAGAGCAGUUUCACAGUAGGAUCUGUUGUCCUUUCUUGCACGAUGUAGGUCUCCCUGUCUUUGAUUGACUCGCUUUCACACAACAGCCAGCCAUCUUUUGUUUGCUUUCACACCACGAUUGCUAUGGUGGCUCUAGGUGAACAGAGGAAGGUUUCCAAGUGUUUCAUUCAUUGCCUUUGGGUUUUCAUCAUUGAUGAAAUGUCCCCAUUCUUGCCGUUGUACCCCCUGCUUGGGCCAUUGUAUUCUCGCAAAGUUCUCAUUGUGUGUUUCAGGUUCUUUUCAUCUGCAAAGACUGCAAUGCAUGUGUUUCAGUCUUUCCGAAACGCAUGCUUUUAUUUGUUGACAUUUUUGUGUGUUCUUUUUUUGUUGUUGCCAUUUGUAUAAAAAGGGAAAAAAAAAACACGCUGGUUUGUAUUCAAAUUUCUGAAUGUGCUUUUCGGAGUUGAAAAGUUGCCCCAUCGUCUGUUUUUUUUUUUAGAAUGUGUGCGUAAUGUUCUGUUCAACGAGUACGUGCCCUAGUACAUACUCUUUAGACUUUGGGGCGCUCUCGGAGACAGCCCUCAAAGGCAAGCACUGAUGAAUUCGUCGAGUGCUUCUUAAGUAAUGAAAAUAUAUGAAUAAAGGGGAGGUGGCUUAUUGGAUACCAAGAAGUGGCAAUGAACGAAUCAAUGCCUUAGGUGCCG